AUGUCAACACACGGCUCUGGAAACAGCUCCUAUAGCAGAGAGGCCCCACCUGUCUCGCAAUACUUACACGAUCGGCUUAACCAGCAUCGAGCGAAGAGCACGCGCCCGAAACAUGCGCGACACACCGACUUUGGACCACAGCGAGGCCGAGACGAUGACAUUUUCCUCAUUGAAGCAGAGGCCGGCCGCGACGCCAGGCCAUUCGACAGCUCACCCAUUACUGCGAUCGCGAAGACCUCCCGUGCUGGUAGUGACAGCCGGCGACGGGCACUUGGCAUCAGGGACAUGGACGAGCAGUUCGACCGCUUGAGCAAGCAGAACUUUGCCCUCAAGCUGGAGCUCGACCACAGGAGAGAUCAAACGGUGAAGCUCCAGGAGCAGAUUGAGGCUAUGAGGGCGCAGGUCGAGCGAGCAGAUACCUUGGAGGAUGAGCACAAGGAGCUGCUCAAGAUCAACUCGCAGAUGGUGGAGGAGCUCGAGCAGCGCGACAAGGCUGUGGAGGAGGCCAUGGACAUAAUAUGCGACCUCGAAGACCGCGUCGCCUACCUCGAGUCGAAGCAGAGUAACACGAGGCCGUCGACUGCUAAUCCGGAUUCGGGAUAUGCUGGUACUGAGAACAUGGACCAAGAAUUGCCGUCUCCACCACGGCAGAUCAGCGCGCAGCGAAAGACAUCCCAUGCCAAUGCCAGGAGACCAUCAGUAGAGAUCUCGGCUGCAUCACAAAAGCUGCAAGGUCUGCUCGCACAGUCGACCCCAGCCAAAUCAAGAAGAGAGCCGGCAGCUCUGAGCGCGAAGAAACCCAGCACGAACGCUCUCAGAAGCGUCUACUUGGCUAGUAGCAAGGAGCUGCACCCCGUGAAGAGCUUUCAGUCUAUGCUGUCGCGGCAAGGCCUCAAAGCCGAGGACGAUGCGGAGGAUGUGCUCAACUCGCCGCGACUCAGUACGCUGAGUGAGAGUAGCUUUCCGUCCAUCUACGAACCUCAAGGACCGCAGGUCAGCCCAGAGCGCUACGACUGGGAGGAUGGUCAUAGUAACGUCGGUGUCGCUUCAGCGCGCGGAUCUCGAUCGCAUCUACGCCAGGACAGCAUGAACCGCGUCAGCCAAUGGAUCGAAGAGGGCGAUGUGGAGCAUUUUACGCCGUCCAAGAGUAAUAGCAUCUCAACACCAUUGGCCGCCGAGUUUGAUCAGCGCACCGUAACACCUAUUGCUAGAGACUCCGAUCAGACACAAUAUCGAUCUAUGAACGAUGCCCUGACUGCAGCGACUGUGCAGUCCAUGACCCCAACAGCGUCCAAUGGCCUCCCCAAGACUGUCGAAGCGCGUCUCACGAAGCAGUGCCUCCUAACACGUCAGCCACGUCCAAACAGCUUCGCGGGGCCCAUCUUUGGAGAGCCACUUCUGCCGCCCACUCCCGACAGUGCCAGUACACACAUGCUCCGCGCGUCAAACUCAAGCAUGUCCGAAGGUCGCAAUCUAUUCCCAGCUGAUGCUGCUCCACCCAAUGCUGGUCUGCCACCAGUUUUACCGCCGCGUGAAGGUGGUGUGCGAACAGCACCAAGAUUGAUGAGGUCUUCUGUCGAGCUAAGCACCGCGUUUCAGAGCAACCUGCAAUAUCGCAAUGCCAAUCUAGAUGGUUCUCGAGCGGAGGGUGCCUAUGAUGCAAGCGACGCAGACUGCGAAUACUACGCUGAGAGGAUCCGAGACUUUGGCAUUGAAUAUCAAGGCUAUCCCGACGGCGGCUCGAUCGUUAUGGGAACACCUAGUAGGUUUCUCAGACACGCCAGACCACCGGUGGGGGAUAUCAUGUUCAAUAGCGCCGACAGUUCGCCGCCUCAGAGGACACGGCCACCACCAAGGCGUCGACGCUCCAGUGAUAAUCACGUUGGCAGUCCCUCGAAACGUCGUCUUGAUCGUGCCGAGACAAGUCCUGUCAUCGUCGGUACAUCUGCCAAAGCCGGUAGUGGGGGAGGUCAGAUGUCUGCCGAAAGCAUGUUCAGUCCGCAUUCUGCUCACUCUGGAUCAUCGGGAGAGCGGACGAUUGUGCAAGCUGAACAGCAACGCAGCCGAGCCAGAUCGCCGCUUGCUUCACCGUCAAGCAGUCGCAUGGCAUCAAGCAUCAUUUCGCCAGUGCGAUCGCGAAUGUCGCCCUCUCCAGGCCGCACGCUGAGCCAAAGGACCGCGGGCCUGUUCAGACGUCUCAGCGCCAGCAAUGGCGACCGCGAAGUGUCGCCACUGCCCACCUUGACUUCCACGCCCUCUUCGGCAUAUGCUAACAGUACGCCGAUCGAGCUGAGAAGGCCAAAGACAAGCCAUGCCGACCGUUCGCCUCCCAACUCGGCAGCCGCUACCAUUCCUCGCCCACCGAGCAGCCAUGAAACCCGCAGACCAUCGCUUCAGCUGAGGACCAAGACUGAGCCGGCUACUGCGCGUCCACCCUCUUCUGCUGCCGAAAGAACGAAUCAGGCCAACGACAAACGCGGCCUCUUCAGACGCAGCAACAGCGUCAAGAAGAAUGCGGAGACUGGGACCGAUGCUCACACCAGAGGGUCGACAAAGCGACGAGGCAGCAUUAGAGAUGCAGUUUCGACAGCGGCAGGACGUCGACCUUGGCGAGGCUAG